AUGAGUGACAUUAUCGGCCCACUAGGAGGAUUGGAGGACUGGCACUGCCCUAAGGUGACAUUGUCUGACAACGAUGCUGAGUGGAGCCAUCAGGGCCUUGUGCGCUCAGAGUGCGGCAUACACCCGAGAGAAGCAGAUCAAGGCCAGGCCGCCGCCAGUUCCCGCUUCCAGGAGGAGGAACUGAGACUGCAGGAGCGGUGCCGCCUCCUGCCUAGUGAGAAGGUGCAGCCUUGGCAUCAGAGAAUCCACACAGGCGAGAGGCCCUAUGAUUGCUGUGAAUGUGGGAAAAUCUUCAGUCGUAGCUCACACCUUAUUACCCAUCGCCGAAUCCACACAGGGGAGAGGCCUUAUGAAUGCAGUGAGUGUGGGAAAACCUUCAAUCGCAGUUCAAACCUUAUUAACCAUCAGACAAUCCACACAGGGGAGAGGCCCUAUAAAUGCUGUGAGUGUGGAAAAUGCUUCACUAACACCUCAGUGCUUUCUAAACGUCAGAGAAUCCACUCAGGAGAGACGCCCUAUGAAUACAGUGAAUGUGGAAAAUGCUUCACUAAGAGCCGAGGCCUUUUGAACAUCAGAGAAUGCACACAGGGGAGAGGCCCUUUGAAUGUCAUGAGUGUGGGAAAACCCUACAAUCGCCGCUCACACUUUAUUACCCAUCAGCGAAUCCACACAGGGGAGAGGCCCUAUAAAUGCUGUGAGUAUGGAAAAUGCUUCACUAACACCUCAGUGCUUUCUAAACAUCAGAGAAUCCGGAGUGGCCCCAUGAAUGCCUUUGCCCUGUUUUAA